AUGGCAAAGAAUGUUAUUAGGACUACCAUGUCAGACACAGUUAGAGGUAGUAUAGAAGAACCUGAUCUAGCCAUGGAUUUUCUGUAUGCCAUUCAUGACAUGUAUAGGGAAAGUGACAAGGCUGAGGCAGCUAGAUUGGCAAAAGAAUUUAACGAGCUCAAGUACACUGGCACAUGGAAAGUGAGAGAGCAUAUUAUGAAGCUCAUUGAGAUUAAUGCUCAGCUUAGGGACCUCAACAUGGGGGUCACUGAUGAUCAUGUAGUGCAUGAUGCACUGCAUUCCUUGCCUAAUAGCUUUAGCCAGCUCAGGACUAGCUACAAUGCUCAAAAGUAA